AUGCCGGUUGCGACCGGAGGCGCGAUCCGGGGGCUGACCAGCGGCGGAGUGAUCGCUACCGGAACGCGCAUCCUGCUAAGCAACGCUUGGCAUCUGAUGUUGCAGCCGGGAGACGAAAGGAUCGCCACGCUCGGCGGCCUGCACCGCCUGAUGGCCUGGGAUCGGCCGAUCCUCACCGACAGCGGCGGCUACCAGGUGGCAAGCCUGGAGAACCUCCGCAAGGUUUCGGAGACCGGAGUGCAUCUGCGCUCCUAUCGGGACGGGUCGCCCCACGACCUGACUCCGGAGCGGGCGAUCGAGAUCCAGCGGAACCUCGGAUCCGACAUCGCGAUGGUGCUUGACGAAUGCCUCUCCCUGCCCGCCCCGCCGGAAGAGGUUGAACGAGCGGCGGCCCGCAGCCUCCGGUGGGCGGAGCGCUCGCUCGUGCCGCAGCGGGCCCCGGGCCAACUCCUUUUCGGGAUCGUCCAGGGCGGGACCCUGGCGGACGUGAGGCGGGACAACGCCCGGGCCCUCGUGUCCCUCGGCCCCCCUGGGGAAGGCUUCGACGGAUUCGGAAUCGGCGGGCUGUUGAUGGGAGAAGCGGGCGAAGACACCCGCCGGAUGACGGCGCUUUCCGCCGAAGUGCUCGGAGAAGAGCGACCUCGGUACCUCAUGGGGGCUGGACUCCCAGCGGACCUGAUCGAAUCCGCCGGGCUCGGUAUGGAUCUCUUCGACAGCGUGAUUCCUACGCGGCUUGCUCGUCGGGGCAUCGUCUUCACUUCGACCGGCCGGCUGAACGUUUCGCGGGCUCCGUACCGGGACGAUGUCGCUCCGCUCGAUGAGGAGUGCGAGUGCCUGGCCUGCCGUGACUACUGCCGCGCCUGGUUGCACCACCUGCUUCGAGCCAAGGAGCGAAUUGCCGCCACCCUGCUCAGCGCCCACAACCUCACGUUCUACGCGGGACUCAUGGCACGGUUGCGCGAGGCGAUCGCCGCGGACUGCUUCUCCGACUUCCACGAAGAGAACCGCCACCGCUGGAGGUCUGCCGGCAGCCCUGGCUAG